AUGCCAUGCUCAUGCUGUUGUUGUACUUGUUGUCACAAUGAAGAAGACGAAAAUAAAGGUCAGUGGGAUCGUCGAGAUUCUCAAUAUGAUACACUGCCCGGUCAACUCGUUGUGGCUAGUGAAGAGAGUGAAAAUUGUAUCGAUUAUUUAACUCGAGCAUUUCAUAUUAUCAGUAUUAGUUUACCAAGUAUAUGUAUUGAAGCGCUGUUGGUGCUAUUAUCAUUUUUAAUGUUUAUAUUUGGUUGUAAAUACGUUGAUGAGUGCCCUCGUCAACCAUUGUUAAUUAUUUAUCAUAUAAUUGGUGGUGGUGUCGGUUUGCUGUUUACACUUUGGCUAAUGAUACGAGCAAUUCGGCGCCGUCGACAAGAAAGUGGUCUAGACGAUGAUGAUGAUCAUAGUGUAGGUGGUCACGGUUAUACCGAUGAUUCAACAGGAAAAUUAAAAGACAAUGGAAUUUGGUUCAUGGAACUAAUUGCACUUAUGUUUUUAUGUAGUUGGUUUAUCAUUGGUAAUUAUUGGACGUGGACUAUCUACAUACCCGAUGGGGAGAUGAGUUUACAAAAACCGUUGUCAUGGUGUGAUAGAACAUUGUAUAUGUUUACACUUGUAUCGUUUGCUAUUCUCUAUUUUGUUAUUUUAUUUGGAUUUAUAUUAGUGAUAAGUCUAUUGAUAUACGCAAGAUUUUGUGCAAGAUCAAUGAUAAACGAAUAA